AUGAAUAAGGAAGAGUUAUUGGGGUUUCUACUAGAUGACAGCAUCGACUGUCCAAAAAAAUGCGUUUCGGAUGAGCAGGUCUACUCCAAUUGGUUGAAGAACGGUAACGACGAUCAGGAAAACCCUUUACAAACUAGUAUAGACGCAGCUGUAGCCGCACCGAAUAAAAAGAAGCAGAUAGUGGCUGCACAAGAGGAUGUCGAUGAGCUUUUAAACGGUUUGGAAGGCAUUAUAGGAAACGCGGAUGCCCUUAGUUUGAAGGUCAAACCAAAGACCAAAACUAAAAAGACCAAAUCAAAACCUAAAAAGGGAAGCGUACAUAUGGAAGAUCACAUUGUGAUGCUCGAGGUUGAAGAUGUCAGUGAUGUAAACACCCAAGAGGAUGCUAAUGGAACAAGUCCGUCGUCAGAUCGGGACCGAUUAAAGAAGAAAGAAAGACGUAGGAAAAACACAAAGGAGCUCUCUUAUGAUGAACUAAAAGAAAAACUAGAGACUAUCACUCAUAAGUCACGUGUCGAAUCCAAGGAUUGGAAGAAGAAAGUUCAUCGAUUGGAAAAGAGGAAUACCGAACUUGAACGUCACUUAGAAGAGCUGAAGAUUGAGAACCAGACCUUGAUAGAUAUUAACAACAGGCUUUCAAUAAAUAUGAACGAGAAAGAAGAUGCUACAAGAAGCCAAAAGACUAAGGAAAAGGACCGAAAAAGAAGAGAAAGAAGAACGGCAAGAAGAAAAGAAGAAAGAACGCAAGAAGAAAACAAAACACCGCGGUCUUUCCCUUCGUCGACCGAUAUGAAUGGGAUGCCAAUAGAAUUUUGA